UAGCCUGCUGGAGCCCGCCGGGCAGACAAUCGUAAAGCCGCUCGGGGCCGCUCACCUGCUCCCGCCUCCCGGAGGUCCGGUCUGGCCCCUCCACCUCUGUCCCCUCCGCUGCCCGCCCCCUACCCGAGCCCGCGUUGCGCUAGGAGCCGAGCCGGCUGAGAGGAGGAGAGGAUGCGGCCGGCGGCAGCUGUCCCGAGCAGCGCACGGUGAUCGCCUCCCCUGGAGGAGGAGGCGCCUAGACGGUUGCCACAUUUCUUGUUUUCCUCCCCCCCCCCCCCCCCCCCCAGUAAUUGCAUUGGCUGCUGGAGAGAACUGGGAGAGACUGAGGAGGCGCCUCGCUUCCCCCGCGUGCCUGCCACCCCUGGUCUUUCCCGUCCCAGGCCAGGAUGACUGGAGUUUUUGACAGUCUGGUGGCUGAUAUGCACUCGACCCAGAUCUCGGCCUCCAGCACGUACCAUCAGCACCAGCAGCCCCCGAGCGGUGGCGGCGCCGGCCCCGGCAGCAGCAACGGCAGCAGCAGCAGCAGCAGCCUCCACAAGCCCCAGGAGUCGCCCACCCUCCCGGUGUCCACAGCUACCGACAGCAGCUACUACACCAACCAGCAGCACCCGGCGGGCGGCGGCGGCGGCGGCGGCGGCGGCGGGGGUUCGCCCUAUUCGCACAUGGGUUCCUACCAGUACCACACCAGCGGCCUCAAUAACGUCCCUUACUCCGCCAAGAGCAGCUACGACCUAGGCUAUACCGCCGCCUACACCUCCUACGCGCCCUAUGGGACCAGUUCCUCCCCAGCCAACAACGAGCCUGAGAAGGAGGACCUCGAGCCUGAAAUCCGGAUAGUGAACGGCAAACCAAAGAAAGUUCGGAAACCCCGCACCAUCUACUCUAGUUUCCAGCUGGCGGCUCUUCAGCGGCGCUUCCAGAAGACUCAAUACCUGGCACUGCCUGAGCGAGCCGAGCUGGCAGCGUCUCUGGGCCUCACCCAGACUCAGGUCAAAAUCUGGUUCCAGAACCGCCGGUCUAAGUUCAAGAAGAUGUGGAAGAGCGGCGAGAUUCCCUCAGAGCAGCACCCCGCAGCCAGCGCGUCGCCACCCUGUGCUUCACCGCCCGUCUCGGCGCCGGCCUCCUGGGACUUCGGCGCGCCGCCGCGGAUGGGAGGCGGCGGCGGCCCAGGGAGCGGCGGCAGCGGUGCAGGCAGCUCGGGCUCUAGCCCCAGCAGCGGGGCUUCGGCUUUCCUGGGCAACUACCCGUGGUAUCACCAGGCCUCCAGCUCCGCGUCCCACCUGCAGGCCACGGCGCCGCUGCUGCACGCGACACAGACCCCGCAGCCGCAUCACCAUCACCAUCACCACCACGGCGGCGGGGGCGCCCCGGUGAGCGCGGGGACGAUUUUCUAACCCCACCGAGCCUACAAGCCAGAGACUGAGAGAGCAGAGACCAAUUAGCUUCCGAGCUCGUCCUCCAGAGCCAGAGGCUCCCUCCUGCUGGCCCACUGCCACUACCCCAGGCCCUGCUCCAUCGCGCGGCCACCGAGCGACUGGGGACUGGAGGCGUCUCCACGCCCCAUGCGCGAGAGUUCCUCUUGGGGGGGAGUCAGGCAGCAGCGGCUUGGCGAAGGCGGUAGCCCGCGGCGGCAUUGCUGACCUGAGCCCGGGGCCUCGGCCGUGUGGUGCCCCGCCUAGGCCUGCCUCCCCUCCCUCCCCGCCUGGCGAGCCCGUCCGGCGCCGUCGUCGCCCGGGGCCACUAGCUGAGUCCGCAGAGGACUGCCUCCCCCGCCCGAGAGGCGUCCUGGCGCUCAGAGGCUCCCUUCUCCUCGUCUGCCCCUAGGCGCAGCUCCUGUUGCUUCGGUUAUUGACCUCUCGGGGUCCCGCCUGCCCGCCUGCCCCACGUGCCCCCUUGACCCGGGCCGCCCCGCCGCUUUUUUCCUGCCCUGCUGUUUGCAGCCCCCAGAGCCCCCUCCCCGCCUUAGCGCUGACCCAGGAACGCUCCUUAGCUCACGCCUCAUCAAUCACCAGUGGACUUUUUUUAUUUUUAUUUUUUUAAAAGUUUAGGUGCCUUUGCGGAUGACCUCAUUUUGAUGUUGGAGAAAAAAUGAUUUUUUAAUAUGUGGACAUUGCAAAAAAAAAAAGUGUUUAAAUUAUCUUUUUUAAAACCUAUUCAGGAUUAUUAGCCUGGACUUGGACACGGAGUUUGUAAAUAAAGGUGUCUGUAGAUUUUCCCACUGAUUUAUUUGUAUAAAAACAUUCAUCUUUGCAGACUUUUUUGUAAGCCUCCAGUUGUGAAAACUGAGGUUUAGCAGUGACCUCAGCAACCUCUUCAUUUUAUUUUUUCCCUUUAAAAAAAAUUUUUUUUUUCUCAGUUAAAUGAAGCUACUGAUUUGAAUUUGUUUUAUCUUAUCCUAAGGUCUUUGUUCUUGAAAUGAAAGGUAUUUUGGGAUUAUUUAUUAUGAAAACAACAUGCUCUUAAUGUUGACUUUACAAUACGAAGAGAUUAUUUAAAUAAAUUAUUGUUUUCAUUGGAUGUGUGCGUUUUUUCCUUGGGGCCAGCGCUCCAUCGGUCACGCGCUGGGAGCUAGAGCUACCGCCCAGGCCAGGAACCUGGUCACCCGAGACGACAUUUCCAUCUUUCGGAGGCUGCGAGGGCGGUGAAGUGGGGCUAG